AUGAGUGUCGGCCGGAGGAAGUUGGUCCCAUUCUGGGUCCUAGCCCUGGCCCUGGCUUGCGGUCAACACACAGGCCAGGCCCAGCAAGAUACUCUGAAAUCUGACCAUGAACAUCACUCUGACUUCUCUCUCCUUCAAGGGCACGAUGCUGCUCCAUUCCAUGGGGUGACCAUCAUCCCACCUCUGAGGACCAUCCCUGUGGUACGAGCUCUCAACCCAGCACACACCGGGCGGGUGUGCAGCACCUGGGGCGAUUUCCACUACAAGACCUUUGAUGGCCAGGUCUUCCGCUUCCCUGGCCUCUGCAACUAUGUGUUCUCUGCACACUGUGGGGCUGCCUAUGAGGACUUCAACAUCCAGCUACGUCGUGGCCGGGAGUCUAAUGCCACUGCUCUGAGCAGGGUCACUAUGAAGCUUGAUGGCCUGGUUGUGGAUCUGACCAAGAGCUCUGUAUUAGUCAAUAACCACCUGGUUCAGCUGCCCUUCAGCCAGUCUGGGGUCCUUAUUGAGCUCAGCAGUGGCUACCUGAAGGUGGUGGCCCGGCUGGGCCUGGUCUUCAUGUGGAAUGAUGAUGACAGUCUCCUGCUGGAGUUGGACACCAAGUAUAUCAACAAGACUUGUGGUCUCUGUGGAGACUUCAAUGGCAGCCCAGAGUCCAGCGAGUUCCUCUCCCACAAUGUUAGAUUGACACCUCUUGAGUUUGGGAACCUUCAGAAGAUGGAUGGCCCCACAGAACAAUGCCAGGACCCCCUCCCUGUGCCUCAGAAGAACUGCUCCACCAGAUUUGGCAUCUGUGAGGAGAUCCUGAAAGGUCAUCUAUUCUCGGACUGCUCAGCCCUGGUGGACACCAGCAGCUACCUGGAGGCUUGCCGGCAGGACCUCUGUCUUUGUGAGAGCCCUGACCUGUCCAGCUGUAUCUGCCAUACCCUGGCUGAGUACUCCCGGCAGUGUGCCCAUGCUGGAGGACAGCCCCAGGACUGGCGGGGUCCCAACCUCUGCUCUCCAACAUGCCCCCUCAACAUGCAACACCAGGAAUGUGGCUCACCCUGUGUGGAUACUUGUUCCAACCUCCAGCGCUCCCAGGUCUGUGAGGACCACUGUGUUGCCGGCUGUUUCUGUCCUGAGGGGAUGGUGCUUGAUGACAUCAACCAGACUGGCUGUGUCCCUGUGUCUCAGUGUGCCUGCCUGUACAAUGGGACAGCUUAUGCACCGGGUACCAAUUACUCUACAGACUGCACCAAAUGCACAUGCUCUGGAGGUCAGUGGAGCUGCCAGGAGGUCCCAUGCCCUGGCACCUGCUCAGUCCUGGGAGGUUCCCACUUCUCCACAUUUGAUGAAAGGCAGUACACAGUGCAUGGGGACUGCAGCUACGUGCUGAGCAAGCCCUGUGACAGCAAUAUCUUCACUGUGCUGGCUGAGCUUCGAAAGUGUGGACUGACAGACAGCGAGACUUGUCUGAAGAGUGUGACAUUGAGCCUGGGUGGGGGGAAGACGGUGGUCAUGGUGAAAGCCACUGGAGAGGUCUUUGUGAACCAGAUUUAUACCCAGUUGCCGGUGUCUACAGCCAAUGUUACCCUCUUCCGGCCUUCAACCUUCUUCAUCAUUGCCCAGACCAACCUGGGUCUGCAGCUUGAGAUCCAGCUGGUGCCCAUCAUGCAAGUGUUUGUGCGGCUGGCACCUGAGCUCAGGGGUCUAACCUGCGGGCUCUGUGGGAAUUUCAACAGUAUCCAGGCCGAUGACUUCCAGACCAUCAGUGGGGUUGUGGAGGGCACAGCAGCUGCCUUCUUCAACACUUUCAAGACCCAGGCGGCUUGUCCUAACGUCAGGAAUAACUUUGAGGACCCCUGCUCACUCAGCGUGGAGAAUGAGAAGUAUGCUCAGCACUGGUGUUCUCAGUUGACGGAUGCCAAUGGCCCAUUUUCCCAGUGCCACACCACCGUGAACCCCAGCACCUACUUCUCGAACUGCAUGUUUGACACAUGCAACUGUGAGAAGAGUGAGGACUGCAUGUGCGCGGCCCUGUCCUCCUACGUGCAUGCCUGUGCCGCCAAAGGCGUGCUGCUCAGUGGCUGGAGAGACAGCAUCUGCACAAAGCCUACAACUACUUGUCCCAAGUCGAUGACCUACCAAUACCACAUCAGCACCUGCCAGCCCACCUGUCGUUCUCUGAAUGAGGAAGAUGUCACCUGCCAUGUCAACUUCAUCCCUGUAGAUGGUUGCACCUGCCCCGCAGGCACCUUCUUGGAUGAUUCAGGCAAAUGUGUGCAGGCCACCAGCUGUCCCUGCUACCAUAGGGGAUCCAUGGUUCCCAAUGGCGAGUCAAUACACGACAGUGGGGCCAUUUGCACCUGCACCCAAGGAACCUUGACCUGCAUUGGAGGUCCUGCUCCAACUCCAGUGUGUGAUGCACCCAUGAUCUAUUUUGACUGCCGCAAUGCUACACCUGGGGACACUGGAGCUGGCUGUCAGAAGAGCUGUCAUACCCUGGACAUGACUUGUUACAGCUCUGAAUGUGUGCCUGGCUGUGUGUGCCCAGAUGGGUUGGUGGCAGAUGGUAAUGGAGGCUGUGUUGUUGCUGAGGACUGUCCUUGUGUGCACAACGAGGCUACUUACAGGCCUGGGGAGACCAUCCGAGUGGGCUGCAACAACUGCACCUGUGAGAACAGAAUGUGGCGGUGUACCGACAAGCCCUGCCUGGCCACCUGUGCUGUGUAUGGGGAUGGCCACUACCUCACUUUCGAUGGGCAGCGUUAUAGCUUCAGUGGGAACUGCGAGUACACACUACUCCAGGACCACUGUGGUGGGAAUGGCAGCUCUCAGGAUGCCUUUCGUGUUGUCACCGAGAACGUCCCCUGUGGUACCACAGGAACCACCUGCUCCAAGGACAUCAAGAUCUUCCUAGGGAACUAUGAACUGAAGCUGAGUGAUGGCAAGGUGGAGGUGGUCCAGAAGGGCACGGGGCAGGAGCCCCCCUACUAUGUUCACCAGAUGGGCAUCUACCUGGUGGUGGAAACUGACAUUGGCCUGGUGCUUCUGUGGGACAGGAAGACCAGCAUCUUUCUCAGACUCAGCCCUGAGUUCAAGGGCAGGGUCUGUGGCCUGUGUGGGAAUUUUGAUGACAAUGCCAUCAAUGACUUCACCACGCGCAGCCAGUCUGUGGUCAGUGACAUGCUGGAGUUUGGAAAUAGCUGGAAGUUCUCACCAUCCUGCCCAGAUGCCGUGGUGUCCAAGGACCCCUGCACUGCCAACCCUUAUCGCAAGUCCUGGGCCCAAAAGCAAUGCAGCAUCAUCAACAGUGCGACCUUCACUGCCUGCCAUGCCCAUGUGGAGCCCGCCAAGUACUAUGAAGCCUGUGUGAGUGACGCGUGUGCCUGUGACUCAGGGGGUGACUGUGAGUGUUUCUGCACGGCUGUGGCUGCCUAUGCCCAGGCCUGCCAUGAAGUAGGAGUGUGUGUGUCUUGGAGGACACCAGACAUCUGCCCACUGUUCUGUGACUACUACAACCCAGAGGGUCAGUGUGAGUGGCACUACAAGCCGUGUGGAGCUCCCUGCAUGCGCACCUGCCAGAACCCUAAUGGACACUGCCUACAUGAUCUUCACGGCCUUGAGGGCUGCUACCCCAAGUGCCCACCAACAGCCCCCAUCUUUGAUGAGGGCACGAUGCAGUGUGUACGCAACUGUACAGUCACCCCUUCGCCUCCACCACCUCGUCCCUGCCGCAUCAAUGGAAAGUUGUACCGACCAGGUGCGACAGUACCUUCAGACAAGAACUGCUAUUCCUGCAUUUGCACGGAGAAUGGUGUGAGCUGUGCCCAUGAUGCUGGUGCCUGUGUCUGUACCUACAAUGGGCAACACUUCCAUCCUGGGGAUAUCAUCUACCACACGACAGAUGGCACGGGAGGCUGUAUCUCUGCACACUGCAGGGCCAACGGCACCAUCGAAAGGACUAUUGAUGCUUGCAGCUCCACCACCCCCACACCCCCGACCACUUUCUCCUUCUCCACACCGGUUGUCAUGACCUCAAUGCCACCCUCCAGCAAACAUCCCAGCUCUACCCUGAGUGUAGUAUACACAGGGUCCCCAAGCAGGGCUGUAUUGACAACCAGCAGCAUAUCGUCAGCAAAGACCCCUGCCACUGCCCCGACCUUGACUGCAUCUUCUAUGGCCUCCACUUCCACCACACCAGGCUGUCAGGAGUGCCACUGGUCUCCCUGGAUGGAUGUCAGCCAUCCUGGACGUGGCAUUGACAGUGGUGACUUUGAGACUCUGGAGAACCUCCGUGCCCAUGGCUACCAGAUCUGCCAAGCACCAAGGGCAGUGGAGUGUCGUGCUGAGGAAUCCCCUGAGGUGCCGCUUCAUGUGCUGGGGCAGCACGUGGAGUGCAGUACAGCUGUAGGAUUGACCUGUCACAACAGGGACCAGGUGUCAAGGCUCUGUGAAAACUACCAGAUCAGAAUUCAGUGCUGUAUCCCCAUCAGCUGUCCAACCUCCAGAGGUCCUAGCCAGACCACCCAUUUGAUCAUCUCCAGGACAGCUACAAUGGGCACCACAACCUCCUUAGGCCCUGUCCCCUCAACUGACCACACAGACACCACAGUUAUCUCAGGUCACUCUACCCAUCUUCCAGGUCCUUUGCCCUCUUCCUCACAUCCUUCUUCAUCAGCUCCAAGUCCAUCUACCCUUGCCCCAGUUAGUUCUACCGCCAUUAGAGUAAAUCUGUCCACUACUAGUCCAAUGCCAGAGCCAAAUUCAGCCACGUCAUCUGUGUCCAUCCCAACCGCAGUGUCCACCACAGCCUCUUUUGAGACUACCCAUGAAUGCAAACAGGAGCUUUGCAGUUGGACUGAUUGGAUAGAUGGCAGCUACCCUGGGCCUGAGAGAGACAGUGGAGAUUUUGACACUUUCGUAAACCUGAGAUCCAAAGGCUACAAGUUCUGUGAGAAGCCCAGAAAUGUGGAGUGCAGGGCUCAGUUCUUUCCCAACACACCACUGGAGGAGCUGGGGCAGGAUGUCAUCUGUAACCGAGAGGAAGGGUUGAUCUGUUUGAACAAAAACCAGCUGCCACCCAUUUGUUAUAACUAUGAGAUCCGGAUAGAAUGCUGUAAGGUAGUGGACAUGUGCUCCAUGGAUACAGCUACCACACAUUCAACCUCACAUGAAGUGAGCACAACAGCAAAGACCAACUGGACCACAGGCUGGCAUUACUCUUCCACCAAGGACACCAGUACUCACUCUGCAGCCCUACACACAGAGAGUCCACAAACAAUCACCCAAGCUGGGACCACCCACUGCCAGCCACAGUGCAACUGGACCAAGUGGUUUGACACUGACUUCCCGGUGCCUGGUCCACAUGGAGGGGACCUGGAAACCUACAGCAACAUCCUGAGGAGGGGAGAGAGGAUCUGUCACCGGCCAGAGGAGAUCACACAGCUGGAAUGCAGGGCUGAGAACCACCCAGAGAUGAGGGUGGAGGAUCUGGGUCAGGUGGUGCAGUGUGACCCCACUGUGGGCCUGGUGUGCAGGAACCGGGACCAGAAGGACAUCUCUGGGAUGUGCCUCAACUAUGAGGUGCGAGUCCUGUGCUGCCGCAUUCCUGAAGGCUGCCCUGCGACCACACGUGCCACUCUGCCCAGCACCCCAAGAGAGACUGUCACUAGCUCAGCUCCUGGGACCACUUCUGUGCAUGCAGCAAUCAGUACGUCCCUGCCCCAAACCAGGACAACCAUUGUGCAGACAACCAGCACCACCUCCACACCCCAAAUCAGCUCAACCUCUGUGUACAGAGCCAGCACAGUGUCCAUCAGGGGCACCAGCACCACCUUGGUGCAGACAGGCAGCACAACAUCCAUGCCUAAACCCAGACCAACCUCUGGGCAGCCAGUCAGCACCACCUCCAAACCCCAAACCAAAACAACACCUCUAGAAAAAUCCAGCACCACAUCUGGGCAGACAGCCAGCACCAUGUCCACCAGGACCACCAGCACCACGUCUGGGCAGACAGGCAGCACAACAUCCAUGCCUAAAUCAGGACCAACCCCUGGGCAGCCAGUCAGCACCACUUCCAAACUCCAAACCACAACAACACCUCUAGGAAAAUCCAGCACCACAUCUGGACAUCCAGCCAGCACCAUGUCCACCAGGACCACCAGUACCACCUCUGAGCAGACAGCCAGCACGACAUUCAUAGGAAAAACAGGUACAGUCUCUGUUCCUGCAACCAGAGCCACCUCUGCACCUACCAGCACCACAGGCCCUGGGUCUCCUUCUGGGGUGACUUCUUUCCCAGGGCCCACCCACUGCCAGCCACAGUGCAACUGGACCAAGUGGUUUAACACUGACUUCCCGGUGCCUGGUCCUCAUGGAGGGGACCUGGAAACCUACAGCAACAUCCUGAGGAGGGGAGAGAGGAUCUGUCACCGGCCAGAGGAGAUCACACAGCUGGAAUGCAGGGCUGAGAACCACCCAGAGAUGAGGGUGGAGGAUCUGGGUCAGGUGGUGCAGUGUGACCCCACUGUGGGCCUGGUGUGCAGGAACCGGGACCAGAAGGACAUCUCUGGGAUGUGCCUCAACUAUGAGGUGCGAGUCCUGUGCUGCCGCAUUCCUGAAGGCUGCCCUGCGACCACACGUGCCACUCUGCCCAGCACCCCAAGAGAGACUGUCAUUAGCUCAGCUCCUGGGACCACUUCUGUGCAUGCAGCAAUCAGUACGUCCCUGCCCCAAACCAGGACAACCAUUGUGCAGACAACCAGCACCACCUCCACACCCCAAAUCAGCUCAACCUCUGUGCACAGAGCCAGCACAGUGUCCAUCAGGGGCACCAGCACCACCUUGGUGCAGACAGGCAGCACAACAUCCAUGCCUAAAUCCAGACCAACCUCUGGGCAGCCAGUCAGCACCACCUCCAAACCCCAAACCAAAACAACACCUCUAGGAAAAUCCAGCAUCACAUCUGGGCAGACAGCCAGCACCAUGUCCACCAGGACCACCAGUACCACCUCUGAGCAGACAGCCAGCACGACAUUCAUAGGAAAAACAGGUACAGUCUCUGUUCCUGCAACCAGAGCCACCUCUGCUCCUACCAGCACCACAGGCCCUGGGUCUCCUUCUGGGGUGACUUCUUUCCCAGGGCCCACCCACUGCCAGCCACAGUGCAACUGGACCAAGUGGUUUAACACUGACUUCCCGGUGCCUGGUCCUCAUGGAGGGGACCUGGAAACCUACAGCAACAUCCUGAGGAGUGGAGAGAGGAUCUGUCACUGGCCAGAGGAGAUCACACAGCUGGAAUGCAGGGCUGAGAACCACCCAGAGAUGAGGGUGGAGGAUCUGGGUCAGGUGGUGCAGUGUGACCCCACUGUGGGCCUGGUGUGCAGGAACCGGGACCAGAAGGACAUCUCUGGGAUGUGCCUCAACUAUGAGGUGCGAGUCCUGUGCUGCCACAUUCCUGAAGGCUGCCCUCUGACCUCUUCCACUCCCCCUGUGACAUCAUCUCACAAGCCCUCAUUUCCAGUUGUGUCACCCACAUCUGCGUCCCCAUCUUCAUCGUCCAGCCCUAGAGUCCACUCUACCACCCCUUGUUUCUGCAGCGUGGCAGGCCAUUUGUAUCCUAUCGGAUCCAUCAUCUACAACCAGACAGAUCUUGAUGGCCACUGUUACUAUGCCGUGUGUAGCCAGGACUGCCAGGUGGUUAGAAGUGUUAGUCAGGACUGCCCCUCCACCAUGCCUUCGCCUACACCAGCUCUAUUCACAUCUACAUCUACCAUGACACCUGUCAUUCAUCGGGAUCGGUGCAAUGUGUUCCCUCCAAGAAUGAAAGGGGACAUCUGGCAAAUGCCUAAUUGCUCCCAAGCCAUCUGUGAGGGCAACAAUGUCGUCUCCCUGAGCCCACGCCAGUGCCCAGAAGUGAAGGCACCAUCUUGUGCCAACGGCUACCCACCUGUGAAGGUGGAUGACCAGGAUGGUUGCUGCCAGCACUACCAGUGCCAGUGUGUUUGCAGCGGCUGGGGUGAUCCCCACUAUGUCACGUUUGAUGGCACCUACUACACUUUUCUGGAUAACUGCACAUACGUGCUGGUGCAGCAGAUCGUGCCUGUGUUUGGACACUUCCGUGUGCUCAUCGACAACUACUUCUGUGACCCGGGAGACAGCGUUUCCUGCCCGCAGUCCAUCAUUGUGGAGUACCACCAGGACCGUGUGGUGCUGACCCGCAGGCCAGUUGACGGGAUCAUGACCAACCAGAUCAUCUUCAACAACAAGGUAGUCAGUCCUGGCUUCCAGCAGAAUGGCAUUGUCGUCUCCCACGUGGGGAUCAAGAUGUAUGUGACCAUCCAGGAGAUUGGUGUCCAGGUCAUGUUCUCGGGCCUCAUCUUCUCUGUUGAGGUGCCCCUCGAUAUGUUUGGCAACAACACAGAGGGCCAAUGCGGGACUUGCACCAAUGACAAGAAGGAUGAGUGCCGCCUGCCUGGAGGGGCGAUAACCUCUUGUUCUAAGAUGGCCCCCCACUGGAAGGUCCCCAACCAGCCUUCCUGCCAAGGGCCUCCUCCAACAUCAACUUCAGUGGUACCCAGUCCUUCGCUGACUCCAUGCCCACCAUCACCAAUCUGUGAGCUCCUCCUAAGCAAAGUCUUCCAGUCCUGCCAUGACAUCAUCCCUCCACUGGCAUUCUACGAAGGCUGCUUGUUCGACUCCUGCCAUGGGUUGACCUUGGAGGUGGUGUGCUCAGCCCUAGAGCUCUACGCGUCACUCUGUGCAGCCCAAGGCCGGUGCAUCCCCUGGAGAAGCCAGACCAACAAUACCUGUUCAUUCACCUGCCCUGAUAACAAAGUAUACCAGCCAUGUGGCCCAACCAACCCUCAAUACUGCUAUAGGAAUGAUGACAUCAGCACCAGCUUGACCCUUCAAGAAGCUGGCCCCUUCACAGAGGGCUGCUUCUGCCCAGAUAACAUGACACCUUUCAGUACUAAUGAUUCAAUCUGCGUGCCUUCCUGCCAAUGGUGUCUGGGGCCUCAUGGAGAACCUGUGGAGCCGGGCCACACCAUCAGCAUCGGCUGCGAGGACUGUAUCUGCAAGGAGGCCACACUGACCUGCCAAAGGAAGCCCUGUGCCCAGACCACCUGUCCAGAGCCUGGCUUUGUGCCGGUGCCUGAGGCCCUAGAGGCUGGCCAGUGUUGUCCCCAGUUCAGCUGUGUCUGCAACUCCAGCUACUGUCCUCCUCCUCUGCACUGCCCGGAGAAUUCUAGCCUGAUGGUCACAUAUGAGGAGGGAGCUUGCUGCCCACACCAAGUCUGCAGCAGUCGGAAGGGCUGUGAAUUCAACGGGACCCUCUACCAGCCGGGUGCUGUGAUCUCCUCCAGCCUGUGUGAAACAUGCUUGUGUGAGGUGCCCAGCAAUUUCCAUUCAGAUGGCUUUGUGGUCAGCUGUGAGACUAAGCUCUGCAGCAGCAUCCAAUGUCCUCAGGGCUUUGAGUACCAGGUCAAGCCAGAGCAGUGCUGUGGCCAGUGUAUACAGAAGGGCUGCCUCGUUAAAAACAGCAAUAGCUCCACCUACUUCUACCUCCCUGGUGAGUCCUGGCCAGAACCUGAGGACUCCUGUGUGACUCAUAAGUGUGAGAAGCUCCAAGAUGUGUUCACAAUUGUGACAACAAAGAAGGAGUGCCCCAAGAUCCACUGUCCACCGGGCCAUGCUCAGCUGAGAGAAGAUGGUUGCUGCUAUGACUGUCUCGUACCACAGCAGAAAUGCACGGUACACCAAAAGCAGCAAAUCAUCCAUCAGCAAAACUGCAGCUCUGAGGGGCCAGUGAGCCUCUCCUACUGCCAGGGCAACUGUGGAGACAGCACCUCCAUGUACUCCCUGGAGGCCAACACGGUGGAGCACAAGUGUGAAUGUUGCCAGGAGCUGCAGACCUCGCAGAGGAGUGUGACACUACACUGUGAUGAUGGCUCCAGCCGCACCUUCAGCUACACCCAGGUUGAGAAGUGUGGCUGCCUGGGCCAGCGGUGUCAUGCUCUAGGUGACACAAGCCACCCAGAGUCCUCAGAAUCAGAGUUCAAGUCCAAGGAAAGUAAGGAACAUGGGCAGCAGUCAGCAUUCAGGGCCAGCGAGGAGGUGCUUGGGCCUUCCCAGUAA